GGGAGCAGCCGCGGUCAUGUGGUUCACUCAGGACUGAGCAUGUAAACAGAGCAGAAGAGGCUGUUUGUGACUGGAAGCGUUAGAUUAAUCGCGAUAUUUAGACAUUACGCAUCUCUCAUGUGUUUGCAUGUAGUUAGACAACGCGCGUCAGUAUGUUCGCUCCGGGAACAGAGAGUCUGGUGAAGCAGGCAAGAGAAAUACAGGAAGAAGAGCUGCAGAGGUUUUAUGGCCGUAUAUCAAAACAUCUUCUGUCCAAUAAAGAAGUUGCAGUGGAGGUGGUGGAUUCUCUUCAGAGGCUUCAUUUGAUCGUUUCUGCCACGAAAUAUGCCAGAACGCUUCCGCCAGACCUCAUUAAAAAGCUCCAGACCCUGCUUCGCUCUCUGUCAUGUCCAGAGCAGUUUCAAAUUCUGUCCUCUGCCAUCCUGAGAGAAAGCCUGCCCCUCAGUUUGCACACCCUCUCCACAGAACUCAGCCAGGAUAGCAGAGCACUCAGCUAUAUGGCCAGCGUGGUGCUCUCCCAGGCUGGCAACAAAGAGGAUCUGCUUCCUCUCUGUCAGCAUUUGCUGAAGUUUCUGGAGUCAAGACAACCUGAGGUGCAGGUUCCUAAACAUACACUCCCCAUUCUCUCCAAAAUUUUCAGCUUCUCUCCAAAGAUUCUCAGUGAAGAUCAGGUGAAUGUGGUCAGUCGGAAGUUGGCCGAUUGGUUGCGGUAUGCCAGUGUCCAUCAGGGAGCCUCCAUGUCCUCUGGGGGAUUUUUCACCAGUCCCAGAAUACGUCAGCCAGCCCCAAUGACCGAAGUGGACGGUGCAGUGGCCGGAGACUUCUUCACUGUUCUAUGUGUGGGCCAGAGCUACACUGAAGACCAGUGGAUGAACAUGUACACCUUUUCCAUGAUGAAGAACUGGCUGCUCACUUAUGACACAGAAGGAACCUCCAAUGCAGAAUCAGCUCAGCUAAAAAGAACACAGGUCAUUCAAACUUCUCACCAAGAUGACCGCUCUGAGGUGGACAGCUCAGUGAUGUCCAUGGUAUCAGCCACCUCCUCAUCAAGCCGACUCCUUCCUCCAAAGGAGCGGCUCAGAGAGAAAGCCUUUGAGUACUGUCACCGCCUGAUUGAGCAGAGUGACCGGAAGGCUCUGAAAAGAACUGAUGCGGAGCUACAGAAAGCAUGCCUUGUGGAGUCAGUUGCCAUAAUGGACAUCAUCUGUAAUGAGGAUGCCUCCUAUGUGUAUCGUGCCUUCCCCUGUAUCAAAGCACUGUAUGGCAGGCUGAGUCCGGACCUGGCCUUUGCCCGAGCACUGCUCCCAAUAGCUCAGUUCUACCUCAACCACAGUGAGACUGCUGCUGUGGAUUCCGAGGCUGUUUUCUACCAAGUGUUUACCCGGUUCCCCGCGGAGCUCUUCAAUGAACCGAUGCUGGCCUUUGAGUUUGUGCACUUUUGUCUCCACAAUGUGAGUGUCCUGCAGGAGAAAGUGGUGAUCUACAGGCAUAGCUUCCCCAACCUGCUCAAGUUCUUGGCGUGGAACAGCCCAGGUCUGAUCUCUGAGUAUGUGGAGCUGCUGCCCUCUCUGUUGGCGCCUGAGACAGCGAUCGAGCUACUCCAUUCGCUGCUGGAUCUGCCCUGCCUGGCCGCUGCCCUGGACCUACAGCACAGAUCAUCAUGUUACCCAGCUCUAGAUCGUGCUGUCUGGGACCAGCAGGGUUCCAAGAUCACUGCUUCUCUAGAUGCCUUCCGCCAGCCCUCUUACAGAGGACUGUUUCUGUACAUUCUCAGACCUGAAGCAGGGACUGGGGACACCAUUGACCGGUUGAGCACCCUUCACGAGGCUUUGGAGGGAAUGGUAGAGAGUCCGCGAGUUGUGCGCUGUGCCCAGAUUGUCCCUGUGCUGCUGCACAUCUACUUCAACACAGUCACUCAGAUGGCAGAUGAAAAGCUGUUAAACCAGUUGCUGCUGGUCCUGCUGGAGAGAAGCAGCCUCCUUUUCAACAUAAAGAACUUCAGCACUGAAGUGCAGAGAGUGUUUAGCACACACCUGCAGACCCUGUGCAAACUGCACCCUCCGCUGAUUGUGGAUCAGUAUAAGGAGCUGCUGGAAUUUGUCAGCACAACUACCAGCAUCUACAGUAAAGAGAACUUCUACACACAUGCGGUGUGGGUAAUAGGAGAGUAUCUGUCAGUGUCCUACGACCCUCGCUGUACUGUGGAGCUGAUCACCUCUUUUUUUGAGGGGAUAGAAGCAGUGUUAUUUGAGAUCACACAGGUGCGUCAGUCUUCCAGCCCCCCGUGCUACUCUCCACGCCUCCUCACUGUCCUGAUGACCGCACUGGCUAAGUUGGCCUCCCGCAGUCAGGACCUCAUCCCUCGGGCAUCACUCUUGCUGUCUAAGAUGCGUUCGUUCGCGCGCAGUGGGCCUGUAGCUGUGUACUUUAGUGAGGAGGAUACUGAGGAGAUCAUCACACGAGCCCACGAACUCAUCAACCUGCUCAAGCUGCCCAAUGUGGCUCAGUUUGUACUGGCCCCAUCUACCCAUGGAGACAGCCCCCGCUGGCACAGAGACACUAACGCUGGCCUGCCCCAGCGCAUGAGAGCCAUCAGUGGCCUCCUGCACAACCACUCCAACUUUCUGCCUGCAUAGAUCACAGCCCAGUACAGAGAGCUGACAGGAGCUCUCUGUAGGAAGCAUGCACAUUAGACAUGUUGAUCAUUGCACUGUGCUCUCAAUUGCAAUUCUAAACACAAUCAAGCUCAAUCAAAGUAAUUUACUGAGAUUUUGGGAGAGCGAUCAUAAAACCUCUAAUCAUUCAUUAAACAUUCCCAAUGCAG